UGGCCCAAGUCGGAGGGACACCCACUGAAAGCUCUCUCUCUCUUCAAACAACAUUACGAGUUGCGCACCCUGGUCUUCCAGAUGGCACCCAAGAAAGCUAAGAAGAGGGCUGAAGGUGCCAACUCCAAUGUCUUCUCUAUGUUUGAACAGGCACAGAUCCAGGAGUUCAAAGAGGCCUUCACCAUCAUGGACCAGAACCGUGAUGGCUUCAUUGACAAAGCAGACCUCAGAGAUACAUUUGCUGCAUUAGGACGCCUGAAUGUGAAGAACGAAGAACUGGAUGACAUGAUCAAAGAAGCACCUGGACCAAUCAACUUCACUGUGUUCCUGACCAUGUUUGGAGAGAAACUGAAAGGUGCUGAUCCAGAGGAGACUAUCCUGAAUGCAUUCAAAGUGUUUGAUCCAGAGGGCAAAGGCUUAAAGGCAAACUACAUUAAAGAGAUGCUCAUGACACAAGGAGAGAGGUUUUCAAAGGAGGAGGUCGACCAAAUGUUUGCAGCUUUCCCGCCAGAUGUGACCGGCAACCUGGAUUAUAAAAAUCUCGUCCACAUUAUCACACACGGAGAAGAAAAGGAUUAAAGCUGGACGUGUGAUCUGUGCUGCAGCUGCCAAGAUGACCCUCAAUAGGGCACUUUUCUUGACACCCUUUUCUGGUGGUUUUCACCCAAGCUAGCCGGGAGGCUGAUGUGGACCCUGACCAUUGUCAGACUCCCAGUGGGUCCCAUGCCUCUCAUCCAUCCUCUCUGUAGUAAGAAUUCAGCCAUAUCUGGAGAAAUAUAGAUGAAUAUGUAUACAUGUCCAUAAA